AUGGGUGUCAAAGAAAGUGUUAUGGGCGUCAACGAAAGUGUUUGCAGAAUUCUAAGUGUAGGGUACAAGAAGAUGAAGCCAACAAACUAUGAAACUGGCAAAGAGUUUUUGCUCGCUUAUAUGCAAAUUACAACCUCAAUUAUCCAACAAAAUAGUACCGUGUUUGAGAAAGCUUCUCCCUUGAUUCAACAAAUCAGCAAUGACAAGACACCAGACUCAAUUAAGAAAGCUGCCGAAAAAGCAAUCACAAAAGCUUUUGAUGGUUAUAUCAAUAACCAAGAGCUUCUGGGAUUAUUGUAUUUCGUCGCCGAUGACCGAGAAGUAAUUACUGACGAAAACAAAGCUCCUAUUCUCGAUGAACAGAAAGUAGAAAACAAAGCGAAGACGCUGAAAUAA